GCUCGCCAACGCUGACACGGGAGCACAGCUGCAACACACCGUGCGAGGUUACCUGCUCACCGGAGACUUCUCACAGGCACAACCCAACAAUGGCCUGAUUUCUCUUUUAUUUUUUGAUAGAUUACUAUCACUCCUCUAAAUCUUUUUUUUGUUCUCUCUCAGCAUUGGAAUGACGACGGACUCUGAAAGGCCGUAAUGGAAACUUUGCCAAUAGGUUGGACUGUGUGUCACACCUGUGACCGGGAGGGAGACGUGGCAGCGCUGUUGAAUGGGGCUGUUGCUGACACCAACACAAACACGCACGUCCAUGAUUUGUUUCAUGAAGAUGCACAGGGUUUCCAGCCGCGCCGCCAGCCGUGGUGGAGGAUCAAGCUGUUUGUGUGGGAGCCGGUGCUCUUUGGUACCUGGGAUGGAGUCUUCACCACCUGCAUGAUCAACAUCUUUGGCGUGGUGCUGUUCUUGCGCACCGGCUACCUGGUGGGGAACACCGGCGUGCUGCUCGGGAUGCUUCUCGUCUCCCUGGUCGUGCUAGUGGCUUUAGUGACGGUGAUGUCAGGGAUUGGAGUGUGCGAGCACUGCGGCGUCGGGAGUGGAGGAAUCUACUCCAUGAUAUCCAUCGUCCUGGGCGGCAGGCUCGGGGGCACAGUGGGACUGCUCUACGUGUUUGGACAGUGCGUAGCCGGCGCCAUGUACCUCACGGGAUUCUCAGAGUCUGUGGCCGAGCUGCUCGGUCUGCAGAGCAAGUGGGCGGUGCAGGGCAUGUCGGCGGCGGUGCUGCUGGCCCUGCUUGGGAUCAACCUGGCAGGUGUGAAGUGGAUCGUCCGACUCCAGCUGCUGCUGCUGGCUGUGCUGGCCGUCUCCACGCUGGACUUUGUCAUUGGCACCUUCACGCACCUUGAUCCAGAAAAUGGUUUCAUCGGUUAUUCAGCCGGGCUGCUGCGCAGCAACACGAUGCCAGACUACACCCCAGGGGAGCACUUCUUCACCGUCUUUGGGGUCUUCUUCCCUGCUGCUACAGGGGUUAUGGCAGGCUUCAACAUGAGCUCGGACCUUCAGCGGCCCGGACACAACAUCCCCGUGGGAACGCUGGCAGCUGUCUUCACCUCGUGGUUCCUGUAUCUGGUCUUUGUCUUCCUUCUGGGGGCCAUCUGCACCAGAGAAGCUCUGCGCUACGACUUCUUGAUCGCAGAGAAGGUCUCCUUGGUGGGCUUCCUCUUUCUGCUGGGCCUCUACAUCUCCUCCCUGGCUUCCUGCAUGGGCGGCCUGUACGGGGCACCCAGGAUCCUCCAGUGCAUCGCCCAAGAGAGGGUCAUCCCCGCGCUGGCCUUCCUGGGAAGAGGGAAGGGCCCAAACAAGACUCCAGUGGCAGCCAUCUUUCUGACCAGCCUGCUCACCAUGGCCUUCAUUUUCAUCGGCCAGGUCAACGUGCUGGCCCCCAUCGUCACCAUAAACUUCAUGCUCACCUACAGCUUCAUCGACUACUCCUUCUUCAGUGUGGCCAUGACCUUCCAGCUGCAGGCUAAAGAGAAGGGGGAACCCCUCGUCCCGGCCGACGUGAAGCGCCGUGGGUCGGCCAGGCAGAGCUCGAGGCCUCUGAUCGAGGCCAGCGUUCUUCGCUACGGGAGCGACGGCGAGAGUCCGCAGCGUAAAGGCACGCUGUUGGAGUUCACCCGGGACAUGGACCAGAUCUUUCCCGCCGUGACCGAUGUGGACGCCGGGGCCGAGAACACCUCCCCCACGCAAGGGCCGUGCGGCCAACGCCAGGGCAGAAAGGCCAGCGGCAGCGCCAAGCAGAAGCUGAUGAACAGUUUCGGGUUGGACCUGAACAGCAACGAGUUCUCUGAGGAGAGCGGUGAGGAAGCAGAGGCGCGGCGAGGAGACCCGGGGCCCGCUGCUGGAGGAGAACCAGCAGCGCAACGCUGUUCAGGAGUAGACCACGCGGAGCCGGAGCCGUAUGCUGACCCUCAAAGACGCGCCGCAGGGUUUGGAGGCAAAGCGGAGCACCAGAGCUUUGAGAUCCGACCCAUGAAGGAUUCAUUGUAUGCAAAGUUUUGCAACCCCUGGGCUGCUCUGGUCGGGGCAUUGAGCUCCCUAUUGAUUAUGUUUAUAAUUCAGUGGGUUUAUGCUUUGGCAAACAUAGUGUUUGCCUUGCUGCUCUUCUUCUACAUCGGGAGAACAAGUCCUGGACUGCCCACAGGUAUUGCAGCGCGAUUCAGCUUUUGCACAUGGAUCAAAAACGCACUGAAUAGCAUUUUCAGGAAGAAAGGCUGUUCGCACGAUGAGAUCGUUGUCACACCCUCUCUGUCCGGGUUCGGGCUUAAAACCAAGCAGCUCACUGAGGAAAAUGCUGACUUUGCUUCUCGGCACCGCUAUCACCAAUCCUCAUUCAUCAGGGUCAACAAGGUGGUGCAGCCACCCCUCCACUGACUUGACUCAAGUACUCUGCUACCAACGGGUUUUCUGUCUCACAACAUGUGUUAUGUGGCACUGUGGGCCGUAUUCUGCACACACAUGCAGCGGCUCACACACAUUUGUCCUGCGUAUACGUAAAAUGGAUACUUGAAUGUCUAAAUAUACGUCAUGGCUUCAACGUGUGUGUGUGUGUGUGUGUGUGUGUGUGUGUGUGUGUGUGUGUGUGUGUGUGUGUGUGAGAGAGAAAUUCUGGGUAUUGUAGACCAACAAUAAUUUUCAAAGAAUGGAUUUCAUCAACGACCCCGGAUUCAAUGACAAAUGCUGUCAAAUCAAUCAAAACAAUACCAAGAAAUAUAUUGAGCUGUGUCUUAUAACUAGAAACAGGCUUACUUACUGUUUAGGAUGCAUCAUCAGCCUAUUCCUAAAUUGAAUCGAAGAUGUAUACAUAUGAAAACAACAGUAAAUUGGGUUAUUAUGUUGUAUAAAUUCUAUUUAUAGCACUAUGUACAAAUUUAAAAGCGAACCAACCAAUGUGAAAUCAAAAUAGUUAAAUGCUGCACCAUUAGUACUAAAGAUGUAUUGUUCAAAUCCGAUCACAAUCAAAUCAGUGGUGACAAUCUUUAAGGGUCUGCAGUUAAGAUGCAAGUUUUAAAUUGGGUUGGCUCAGAACUAAAACAGGUUUUCAAUGUUUGAAUGAAUGAUCACACAAUGAACGUGAACCUCUGUGUAUCACAAAGCCCAGCCAGCAUCAUGUUGCCCCGGUGCGUCUUAGGACCAUUUUCUCUGAUCACGUAGGAGGUCGAGCGUUUGAUCGGCUCACACUUCACUCACAGCAGAAGUCGGACUCGAGAGGUCAUGCUUUGAGAGUCGGGCGUGUUUUGCUCGGUUAAGAAGAGCCACCGUUCCAGCAGCAGAAAACUCAAAGCUGUGAAAACCACUUCCUCUUGGCGUGUUGUUAUCAACAGGCACGUAUGUAGGCCAAAAGGUAAAUGCACGGUGUUCCCUUGUCAUUUGACAUUAGUUUACUCGGCAUCCAGAGUGUUUUACAUUCAUGGGCAGGCCUUUAAAUGUGGAAAUAGUGUUUUUUGCGUUAGGCCAGAACUGAAACAGUUAUUUGCACUUUACUGGAAUAUUAUUUAUUAAAGCUGAAUGUAAAUGUACUUUCACCAUCUAUUGUACUAAUAAAAUCACUACAUUGUAAAACUAAAUAUUCCGCGUUCUGAUGGACUGGCUGAUGUGUUUCUCAUUCUAGUCACUGAAAGGGCUCCAAAGGAGAAAUUAUUUACCCGAUUCUAUUUACAUGGCUUAGAGAAUCAAAAAAAGGGCUUUAAAAUGUAAUAUUUGUCAUAAAGAGGUAGCGUGUCAUUACUAUUAUAUGACUUGACAUUUUGUUUAUAUGAUUUAUU